AUGUCAAGAUUCGUCCCUGGACAUUUCAGUGACUGCCCUCCACAUUUGGAAGAGGGCCCGAGCCACCCAGAACACCCCCAGGACACUGGGCAAGAAAACCUUGUGCUCAGCGAAAUGCUACAAGUUUUUGUCUUUAACUCCGCGCCAGACUCACCCGGUGAUACCGUCCAAGCCUUAGGUGAGAAGUCAGGCCAACUGGAACAACCCCAGGAUCUGGGAGACACAAACUCGGUGAUCAGUGAAGUGCUACAAGUCGCCACCAGCAAUUCUUUGUCAGACCAGCUUCAUGACACCCUCCCGGCCUCGGGCGAAGAGUCCAGCCACCCAGAACACACCCAGGAUCCAGGACAGAUACACUUCAGUGGGGUGCAACAAGUCGUCAUCACUUCCAUUCGCGCAACCGAUCUCGCUCUUGGUCUCCGACGUAUCCCUGCCGGCUUUCAUGCGGUGGUCAAGGCUGACGGUGCUGAAUAUCAGACAAGUAAUCAAUCUGUACACGUAGACCAGGCUGUCGUCGAAUGGCACGAGCGCAUUCUUCUCGUGUAUGCCUCAUUUGAAUUGGGUCCCAUGGUCUGUCACGGAGAACUCCUCCGCACAUUCGAGAUCUCCGUCAGAGAAUUACUGGAUCGCAGCGAAAGGUCUCAUCCCAUAAUGUUUCAGCCAAAGCAGGAGGACGUCGUAUCCGCUUGCACUUCACUGUUCAUGACGGUGGAGCAGCGACUUCCUGAUCAAAAUGAUGGCGGUGUUCUGUGUUCCUUUAUUACCCUUACAUCUCGCGAUAUGGAUGGGUUAGCAGUAAGGACGGAUGCCGGACAUAGUCUUUUCGCACGAUACCGCAGGACGCAGAACAGUACCGAUCUGGACCAAUCCAUAAACCACUUUGAACGGGCCUCGGAUCUCUGCCCUGUGGAUCAUCCCUAUCGCCCCGCAGCACUGUUCAAUCUAGCCACGGCAAAUUUUAUCAGUUGCCAAGCUAACGGAAGAUACCUCGACCUCGACAAACCCAUCUCUCUUUUUCAAGACGCACUGGAUUUGCGUCCUGCUGGUCAUCCAGACCGACCCACGACCCAACUCCAUCUCGCUAUUUCUCUGCUCUCUCGCUUUGCGAGGCGGGGAUUUCAAACAGAUGUCGACACGGGUAAAGAGCUACUGAGCGAUGUACUUGAUGUUUGUCACGCCAACAGCCACAUUUACAGAGCAGCUUUGACUGCAAUGGAAACAUCCGCUGUGCAUGGAAGCAUGUAUGCAAAUUAUCUUCAGCAGGAGGGGCCUGCCACAUCCAUGCUUCCGUUGUCGCCGAAUCAACUUUUUCAUCGAGCAGAGCGAUGUUUGCAGAGAGAUGAACCGCGUGACUUAGAUGAAGUGAUAUCCCUUCAUUAUGAUGCACUGGUGUACUACAAGACCGGACAUGCUUACCGAGGGCAAUUGCUAUGCAAUCUGGCCGCAAUGCUGCACACUCGCUUCGAGCGUCGAGGCAAUGACAAAGACUUGGAUCAAGCCAUCGCACUUCAAAUGGAACAGCUGGCCUUGUGCCCGGUCGAUGACCCAGGCAACGACGAAGACUUGGAUCAGGGUAUCGCACUGAGCAGGGAAGCGCUGGCCUUGUGCCCUGUCGGUCACACACAUCGGUCCUUGUCAUUAAAUAACCUCGCGACUAAACUCUCCUCCCGCUUUGACCACCGAGGCAACGACGAAGACUUGGAUCAGGGUAUCGCACUUCACAGGGAAGCGCUGGCCUUGCGCCCGGUAGGCCACCCAGAUCGGCCCGGGUCAUUACAUAACCUCGGGAAUGAACUCUCCUUCUGCUUUGGCCGCCGAGGCAACCGAGAAGACCUUGACGAGUCACUAGAGAACCUACGCUGUGCAUUGACUCUAUUGACGCAACAUGAUCCUCGUCAAUUAGUUGUCCACAAGACGCUAGCUGCGGUCUACCUAUCAUUCCAUCAUUCAAGGCUUGACGGCACCGGCGCGGGCGAAGAUCCGGAGUGUCUGAAUGUUGCCAUGCAUCAUUUCAAGGCAGCAGCAGAUGUUGUCUCUGGAGGCUUGCUAUCCCGCCUGCAAACAAGUCUACUUUGGGUUUGCCGUGCUGAUCAACACAGACAUCAUACUCAACUAGAGGCUUAUACGACUUCCAUGCAACUUCUCGAUGCUUACAUGUCUAACACGGCUGCAGUAUCAUCUCGUCACAAUAUCAUGAAGGACUUCCCGAGUACACUUGCCGUCAAUGCUGCAUUGUGUGCUCUUUGUAGUGGUGAUGUGUGUCGCGCUGUUGAGUUGUUGGAACAGGGCAGGACCAUCAUCUGGACCCAGAUGACACGACUCCGCACCCCUCUUGACAGCCUCCAGACCCGCGGUGAUUAUGCAGUGGCCCUGAUGAAGAGAUUCAGACACCUCAGUUCCCUCCUUGAUAAACCUCCCGCGAGCCGUGCAGAAGGGACUCCAAUAGUCAAUCCGGAAGCAGAAGAAACCAGGUACAGACGUGUAGUAAAGGAGUGGAAUGAAGCUGUAGAAGAGAUCCGGAAGAUCGAGGGCUUCUCCCGCUUCCUCCUUCCCCCCUUAUUCUCAGAUCUUCAAAAUGCACCUCAGGCAGCACUUCUCGGUGCCUAUAAAGGGUCUAAGAGACCCGGUUAA